GAAUAAAUUUCAAUAUUUUUUAAGUAUAGCUCUUAGUUCUUUUGAAUAUUGUGCGUUAUUUGGAAUCCAGCAGUUGUCGCGAUCGGAAGCAUUUGAAAACGUUACAAUUUCCUGCGUUGAAAAUUUGCUGUCAUUUUAUGUGGAAUUAAGUCGUGUCUUAGCAACGACAAAAUAUAAAACAAAUCUAAUCGUAUUUAAAAGUGAUUUCAGAAGUUAAUUCAAAUACAUUUUUGGAUUAACAAGAAAAAUGUUGCCCUUUCGUUGGGGCCUGCUUGGUGUGGCGCUAUUAGUGGCCUUUUCACAUGGAGCAUCAAUUAAUUCAGCUGAUGAAGUUCAAAGAACCAAAAGAAGCUACAAACGUGGCCAGACUCAAUCUCAGUACUUAAAUUUUGGACAACCUGAACUUGAUGGUAAAGCAGAGGCUGAAGCUACAGAAAAUGGUUCCAGAUCUACAGUUUCUGGAACCCAUGGUAUGGGACAAGCUCAAAGUCAAUUCUCUAGUGGAGACUGCAGUGGCUGUGGUGUCGGAAGUCCCCUUUAUGAUUACUCUACUGGAUCUCCCGACCCUCUUAGAUUGGACGGAAAUGUUAUCUCUUAUUCAGAUGGUAAACCUUCAUCGAUAAUUGGAAUGCCUGGAACACAACCUGGUGGAGCUUUUGAUACUGGUGCUGUAGGUCAAGUCGGUAGUCCUGGCAUAGGUGGUGUUUAUGGUCCAGGUAUUGGUGGUACACCAGUUCAAAUGGGACAGCCUGGUAUUGGUGGUGGUUACGCUCCAGGUACUGGUGCUGCAGGAGCUCCAGGAACUGCUGGUGCUGGAAGACCUGGUAUUGGAGGAGCCUUUGCUCCAGGUACUGGAUACGCACCCGGUGCUGGUGUUGCAGGACAAGCUCCAGGAACCGCUGGUGCUCAACAAGUUGGAAGACCCGGUAUGGGAGGAGCCUUUGCUCCAGGUACUGGAUAUGCUCCCGGUGCUGGUGAUGCAGGACAAGCUCCAGGAACUGCUGGACAAGUUGGAAGACCCGGCAUGGGAGGAGCCUUUGCUCCUGGUACUGGAUACGCUCCUGGUGCAGGACACGCUGGAGCACCAGGAACUUCAUACGCUCCUGGUUAUGGCCCAACUACUGGUAGUGGUGGUAUUGGACAACAAGGUGCUCCAGGGACAACAUAUGGUCCAGGUUCUGGAGUUCAGCCAUCAGGCGUUGGAAAACCUGGUUUCGGUGGAAUGGGACAACAAGGACAGAGACAACCACAAUUGAUCGCACCUCCUGGAUUGCCAGGUCAAGAGGGACAACAUCCUGGUGCCGGUUUCGGUCCUCAAAUGCCAGGUUAUGGUCAAGGUGCAGGUCAACAAAUACAACCUUCUGGUGCUGGUGGCCAACAAGUACCAUCAUAUGGUAUCGAUGGCCGUCAACCAAGUGCUAGCGGCCAACAGAUCCCUUCCUAUGGACAGCCCGGACAACAGGCUCCUGGUCAACAAGUUACACAACCUGGAACAUUCUAUAGACCAAGUGCUGGAUUUGCUCCCGGCCAACAGCAAGUACCCCAAUAUGGUACUGACCAACAGGCCACCGGUUAUCCUCAACAACCUGGUUUUGCACCAGGCUAUGGAGGAGCAGGAAGGCAAACAGGUGGAGCAGUACAACCUGGCACAGGACCACAACAAAUUAUGCAACAACCUGGCGCAGGCACUAUUGGAAGACCCGGAGCUGGUGGAAUCCAACAAGGUGUGGGUGGUGGUUUUGGACAAACAACUGGAACUGGUGCUGGUAUUGGUCAACAACCUGGAAGUGGAGUUCAACCAGGUUAUCAAACUCAACCUGGAGGUGUUUAUGGUCAACCAGGAACCGGUGUUACUUCCGGUCAAGAAGGUGUUUAUCAACCUGGUGGCGCUUUUGUUCAACCUGGUACAGGAGUUCAACAAGGUCGUGUUCAACCAAGUGGAGGUUUUGUUCAACCUGGUGCAGGUGGCCAACAAGGUGUUGUUCAGCCAGGUGCCGGCUACAGACAACCCGGGACACAACCUGGUGCUGGAUUUGGACAACCUGGAACUGCCUUCGGUCAACCUGGUGUAGGUGUUCAACAAGGUCGAGUUCAACCAAGUGGUGGAUUUGUUCAACCAGGCACAGGAGUUCAACAAGGUGGUGUUCAACCAGGUGCCGGCUACAGACAACCCGGAUCUGGAAUGCAACCUGGUGCUGGUUUUGGCCAACCUGGUGCUGGCUUCGGCCAACCCGGCGUGCAACAGGGCGCUGGCGUACAACAAGGAGUUGGUGUACAACAUGGUCGUGUUCAACCAAGUGGUGGAUUUGUGCAACCAGGUACUGGAGUUCAACAUGGAGGCGUUCAACCAGGUACUAGCUUUGGUAGACCUGGAACAGGUGUACAACCUGGUGCUGGUUUUGUUCAACCCGGUACUGGCGCUCAGCCGGGCCGUCUUCAACCUAGCGGUGGUUUUGUUCAGCCUGGUACUCAACCAGGUGCUGGCUAUGGUCAACCAGGAUCAGGAGUUCAACCUGGAACUGGUUAUGGUCAGCAAGGUGUAGGUGUUCAACCUGGUACUGCAUUUGGCCAACCGGCUGCAGGAGUUCAACAAGGCUCAGGAGUAUCACAUGGUGUUGGUCAACAAGGUAUAUUAACCCAACCAGGUGCUGGUUUCGGUCAACCCGGUGCCGGAUAUCAACCUGGCGCAGGUUUGACAAAACCUGGAACUGGAGUGUCACAAAGACCUACAGGUGUUCAACAAGUACCCGGUUAUGUUCCCAGAUAUGGACAGCAAGGUGCAGGAGCUCAACCAGGAACUGGAGUUGGUUUAGGUCAACCACCUCAAAUGACAUUCGGUCAACCCGGUUCGGUUCAACAAGGUGGUGUUCGUCCAAGUGGUAGUUUUGUGCAACCCGGUACUGGCGUACAACCAGGACGUGGGCAACCUAGUGCUGAAUAUGGUCAACCAGGAGCAGGAAUAGGUCAACAAGUAUCCGGUCAACCUGGAGUUGGUCAACAAGGUGGUGCUCAGCCAGGAGCUGGUUUUGGUCAAUAUCCUGGAUCUGGUUUCCCCCAACCUGGAGCUGGUUUUGUUCCCCAACCUGCUGGAGGCGUACAACAAGGUGCAGGAGUACAACAAGGUGUAGGUGUGCAACAAGGAGCUGGAGUUCAACAAGGCGUUGGUGUUCAACAAGGUACAGGCUUUGGUCCUGGUUAUGAUAGUACUUAUGGUCAACAACCUGGAGCUGGUGGAGGUUAUGAUCAAAUUAGUGGUGGUCAACCAGGUACUGGUGCUCAAUAUGGCCAACCCGGAUUUGGACAACAAGGAUCUGGAAUCCCGUCUGGCGCUGGACAACCAAGUGGAGCUGGAGUUCAAGUACCAGGUGCUGGUGUCCAGACUGGUUAUGGCCAACCUACCGGCACAGGUGUUUCUGAAUACGGUCAAGGUCCCCAACAAAUUGUUCAACCCGGUUCAACCUACAUUCCUGGCGGUGUACAACCUUCCGGAGUACAACAAGGAGUUGCUGGAUCUGGAGGUUUGGUUGCUGGUGUUGGUGGUGCUGACGAUGCUUUCUCACAAGCUGAAUCUUCUAUUGGUAAUGGACAAGCCGCAGCGAGUGCUCAAGGUAAAAAGAAUGGAGGCACAGCUAAAACACAAGUGCAGGGUACUUACAGUUCAAGUGGAUCGUUCAGUGCUAGUGCUAUGACCUCAGAUAGUGACCGUUCAGCAAGUUCCCAAGUGACCGGUGGAGCCGAAGGCGCCAUGAGUCAAUCUCAAGGUCAAGGUGGAGCUGCUCAGUCUCAAGCACAAGUACAAGUAAACGAAAAGACUGGAGGAACAAAGGCAUCAUCUCAAAGUGGUGGUAUAAUCCACCAAAGCCAGAGUGAGGUACAAGCUAACGAUAAAGGUGGUUUGGCUGAUGCUCAGUCAAGUGGUCCAGGUCAAACAUCAUCUCAAGCUCAAAUCGGUUUUAGACCUGGUCAGGAUGGUGAAAUUGUACGAUCUACAGGCGGUGGUCAAGCCUCUGCACAGUCAGGUGUACAUUCUGGAAACAGCCAGUCUCAAAUUCAGGGAACUUCGAAAUAUGGCGUUUCUUAUCAUGGUGCAGCUCAAUCUGCUUCCGGUACGAAAGAACAGGUUGCAACCUAUCGCGAACAAAAUAGAGAUCUCUUUAACACAAUCAGCCAAUUCGGAAACACUGAUGCGGUAACUGAUCGCGUUGAUACUGUAUAUAAUCCAGCUCUUACAUCUGAGUCUGACAUUCCCGAUUUGCAACUAAAAGCUUCCAAAACAAAUAAAGAAGUGGCAAACUCAAAUAAAUUAGAUGAUGAUUCAAACUUACCUGACGAAGAAGAUGAAGAAGAACCCUUUGACGAAUAUGAAGAUGAGGAAGACUAUUACAAUGAAAAUCCCGUUAAAAUGGCUUCAAAGACCAAUGAUGAUAAAAAGCAAGAGUCAUCAGCAUUAUAUCGCACUCAUACCCAAACAUCACCCACUCAAACUCAACAGGUGGCCGUUGCCGAUCCUACCAAAAAAUACAACGUAGUACAAAACCAAAAUGGACGUGUCCAAACAUAUCCCUCACGCACGACUACCGAAACUGUACCCAGUGGUUUCCGUGGCACUGUUAAUGUUGAGAAAAAAUUCCAUACCAAAUCAUUAGAACCUCAUAAGUCCGAGAACAAACUAAACAUAACUGCCGACGAAAAACCCGAACACAAGUCAAGAACACCUGACAGUUAUGUCACCGUAACAAAAUCUGUUACUGGCAGCAUGGACAAUUCGAAGAAUCCUCCUCAAGAUAGCAAAAACUUCCAGUCCACCUAUUAUACUAAAUCAUCCACUUGCGGUUAUUUCACUUUCUCUUGCAACAUAGUCUAUGGUGCAAAUGGUCGCAGCAAGAUCUGUCGCCCCAAAGCACCCACCAAUGGUAAAUGCUAAAAUUUACCAAACACUAUUUUAUAUGUAGUUUUAUACAAAUAAUACUAAUACGACUAAAUAUACAACAUACAAUUCUGUAUCAUCAUUCAAGAAAUCAAUUCUAACUAAAUAAGUGUAAGUUGUAGUAAUUCCAUGUUCCACGUUCCACUUCUAAUUGUAUUUCUAUUGAUUUUAAUAUUUUUUUCAUUUGAUUUAGUUUCAAUACAUAUCUGUAAGUUUUUUUCUUUUUUUAAUAUUUGAUUUUAUAUUAGAUUCAAGUUGUUUUUGUUAACAAAAGCAAAACAUACCACUGCCCAUUUUGUUAAUUAUAUAUUUACCUACUACUUAAUUUACCGCUAAAAACAAAAACAAUUAAAAAAAUGUUUAAUAAAAUUAAA